AUGUCUGUGAUUUCCGAGGAAAACGUUCGAGGAGGGAGCGUUUUCAAGGAUAUUAGUGCCGACGACGAUGACUGGCAGCCCAGUGAGAUCGAGAGCCUGUGCAUGAACUGCUACAAGAAUGGUAUGACACGCAUGCUUCUGACCAAAAUACCAUUCUUCAAAGAAAUUAUCGUCAGCUCGUUUAGUUGUGCCAACUGCGGCUGGUCUAACACUGAAAUCCAGUCCGCGGGUCGGAUUCAAGAGCAAGGCAUUUGUUACACGCUGAAGGUGAAAGCAAAGCUGGACCUAAACCGAGAGGUGGUCAAAGCAGACAGCGCGACCACCAGAAUCCCCGAGCUGGAUUUUGAAAUCCCGCCCUUCACUCAAAAAGGCUCGCUUUCUACCAUCGAGGGCCUUUUGGACCGGGCGGUUGCCGGACUGGAGCAGGACCAGUCUGUCCGGCGGGCUGCUGAUCCGGACGUGGCCGAGAAGAUCGACGAGUUCAUCCAGAAACUGAAGAAGUUGAAGGACGUCGAAGAGGAAUUCACCUUGGUCAUAGAGGACCCGUCUGGGAACAGCUUUGUGGAAAAUCCGGUGGCCCCCCAGAAAGACGAGGCUCUCACCGUGUCCCGGUUCAAGCGGACGGUCGAGCAGGACAAGCAGCUGGGGUUGCGGCCGGAUGAGGACCUGGAAGAAGAAGAACCGGCGGGCAGCGACCUGGACACCAUGCGGAACGAGGUCCUGGUCUUCAACACAAACUGCCCCGAGUGCAACGCGCCGGCCUCCACCAACAUGAAGCUGGUCCAGAUCCCGCACUUCAAAGAAGUCAUCAUCAUGGCCACCAACUGCGACAGCUGCGGCCACCGGACCAACGAGGUCAAGUCGGGAGGGGCCACGGAGGAGCUCGGGACCAAGAUCACCCUGCGCGUCACCGACCACUCCGACAUGAACCGGGACCUGCUGAAGUCCGAGACGUGCUCCGUGGCCAUCCCAGAGCUGGAGUUUGAGCUGGGCAUGGCGGCUCUGGGUGGCAAGUUCACCACCCUGGAGGGCCUCCUGAAGGACAUCAAGGACCUGAUCGUCUCCAAAAACCCCUUCAUCUGCGGCGACAGCGGCAGCACAGAUCGAGUCCAGAAGCUGAGCGAGUUUGGCGACAAAAUAGACAAGAUCCUCGCGGGAGAGAUGAAGAUCCACUUCAUCCUGGAUGACCCAACGGGAAACAGCUACCUGCAGAAUGUUUACGCACCAGACCCGGACCCCGAGAUGACUGUUGAGAAGUACACCCGCACGUUCGAGCAGAACGAAGAUCUCGGCCUGAACGACAUGAAGACUGAGGGAUAUCAAGAGGAAAACGGAACCGGCUGA